GCGGAAGCGGAAUCGCCGCCAUUUUCUCGUAGCCAUUUGAGCCACUAAGGGGUCAGUAUAGAUUUCAUAAAGAUAAUAACGACAGUAAUAAGGGCCGCAGCGCUUGCCGAUACGGGGGCCGUUAAGAUAUCCAGCGUUUGCGGAGGUUUGCUGAGAGGGGCACCUUGUCGUGUAUUCCGCUUUACAGCGCGGGGUUGCUCCUGUCGCUAGGCUAGCUAGCUUAGCUAGUGUAACGUUUUCGUCUGCAGACAUGGUUGACUUUAAAUGACCGGCUCUGAUUCACCAUCUCCACAGGGAUAUCGGGCCGUCGGCCGGCACUCACUCCCACAUUCUUCCCCUCAAACUCCUCGCCCAGCUGUCUCAAACUCUCGGCGUCGCCGUCACCGAGAGGGACAGCGGGACUGUUGAACGUUUCACUUGCCUAAACUUUUGGUUCUGGGACCCAAUGUCGCCGUGGCGUGAUAAGGACAGAGUGAGACAGAGCACUCCGUAAACGAGUGGAGCCCCGGGAAAAAAAACCAGCAUCUGCAGAGAUCUAUUUUAACAGAACAAGACAGCUGGCUGCCAUGUCGACAUCAUCGUUACGACGGCAAGUGAAGAACAUUGUUCACAAUUACUCAGAGGCGGAGAUCAAGGUUAGGGAGGCAACAUCUAAUGACCCCUGGGGCCCAUCCAGCUCCCUCAUGUCGGAGAUCGCAGACCUGACCUACAACGUGGUGGCCUUCUCGGAGAUCAUGAGCAUGGUGUGGAAACGCCUCAAUGAUCACGGCAAGAACUGGAGGCACGUCUACAAGGCCAUGACCCUAAUGGAGUACUUGAUAAAAACGGGCUCUGAGCGUGUAGCCCAGCAGUGCCGGGAAAAUAUCUACGCAGUCCAGACACUCAAGGACUUCCAGUAUAUCGACCGGGACGGCAAGGACCAGGGGGUGAACGUGAGGGAGAAGGCCAAGCAGCUGGUGACCCUUCUGAAGGAUGAGGAGAGGCUACGGGAGGAGAGGAUUCAUGCACUCAAGACCAAAGAGAAGAUGGCACAGACCACUAGUGCCUCGGCUCCCUCUGCUCCAGGUCUGGCCGGCGGAGGGGGAGGUGGCGGGCUCUCCUCUCUGGGCUCUCAUACCCAGGGCUCGGGGGGCGGAGCUGACCCCGAGCAGGCUUGGCCACAGAGCUCUGGGGAGGAGGACCUGCAACUGCAGUUGGCUCUCGCCAUGAGCAAAGAGGAGGCUGAACAGGUAAAGCGGUGCACCUGGCCUCCAUGUAGCCUCGCCCCGCUGGAGGAUGCCGAGCUCCGGUGGGCGCUCUCGCUCAGCAAGGAGAUGCACGAAAAGGAGGAGCGGCUGCGCCGGGGUGACGACCUCAGACUCCAGAUGGCCAUUGAGGAGAGCAAGAGGGAGAAGCCUAAGGCGGAGGAGGGCUCUCUCAUGGAGCUGAGCACUGCUGACCCCUGGGGGACCCCGGCAGCUCCCCCCACAACAGCCUCCACCGGUCCGUCUCCCCCACCCACGACUCAGACUGCCCCUGGCCCUUGGGGGCCCUCAGAUCCGUGGGGUGGGUCCUCGCCAGCUUCUCCACCCAGCGCUGACCCCUGGGGCGGGAGCGGGACCACAGUAGCCCCCGCGCCGGACCCAUGGGGAGAUUCCUCCAGGGUAAACACAGAUCCCUGGGGUUCCACAGCUGUGACUCAGGCCAGCUCUGACCCGUGGGGGAGCAGUGUGGCUCCAGUCACCACCUCCGCACCCAGUGACCCAUGGGCUGCAGACGUAAGUGCCGUAGCUGCUGACUCUUUGUCCUCUGACCCCUGGGGAGGUUCAGCCAAACACACCACGAAUGGCACAGGUGAUCUGGAGCUGAAAGGGUCCACGGGAAUGGGCGGGGAAGGUGGGGGGAGUACUGGCUCACCUGUGCCCUUUGACCUUACGUCCCUGAGCUCCUCACUCCCAGUGAGAAAAACUCCCGAAUCAUUUCUCGGUCCAAACGCGGCUCUGGUGGACCUGGACUCUCUGGUGUCAUCCAAGCCCAAACCCAAACAGGGACCCCCCCCAUCCAUCUCCACCCAGUCCACCCACAACCCCUUUCUGCAGACACAGGGUGCCUCUCCCGUCCCGGGUAUGGCUUUGACUCCGGGCAGUUCCAUCUCCAGCCGAGGGGUUUCUCCUACUCCUCCCCCAUCCUCCAACCCCUUUGGUGCAGCCCCAAUGGCGUCCAUCUCUCCCCAGACCUCCUCACUAGGCCUUAGCCAGCUCCGCACCAGCCCUGUACCGCCCAACCCCAUGUUGGGGACCCCUCCAACUCUGGGAAUGGUCCAGCCCGGGAUGGCAAUGCCUGCAAUGGGAGUUCAGAUGACACCCCCACAGAUGGGUCUGGGGGUGGUACAAUCCAGCCCUAUGGGCAUUUCCUAUGGAGGAAUCUCUCCCAUGGCUCCACCGGGAGCUACCAUUCUCAUGGGUGCAGGAGUACCAGGGCAGCCACAAUUGAUUUUGGGUGGGGGCACAGGGGGCGGUGGAGUAAUGGGAGCCAGUGGAGCCGUGGGUGGGGGGGCAGCCACAGGAGGAAGCACUAAUCCUUUUCUUCUCUAAGAAAAUUCACCACUUUCCUGAUUAACACAAUUUAUGUGUCGGAAUAAAAUGUGUGUACAACUCUAUAUUUAAAACAAGAAAACAAAAUUGGUUUGAUUUCUCGUAUUUCAAUUUAUUUUCAGAAUGGAGGGGAGGGGCAGAGAAAUGUAUUUAUUUGGUUUUUUUCUUCAUUUAAAUGUUUUUCCCUAGUUCUUUAUUAAAUGAAUACAGAAGGAUAUGGGAGGGAAAAUUAAUCAAGUGAAAUCAGUAUAUACUAGUAUUGCUGCACUGGACAGAGGGAGGAUUUGGGGGACAGAUUAGCUCGGCCAAUAGCAAGCCGAUUUCACUGAAACUCGGAGUUCCCCUUGCUCACAUUUAGCCAUCACUGAAAAGAAAUCAUAAACCAGUCAGACUGAAAGGCCAUGUUAACAUUUCUAACAAAACCUGGUCGAAUUACAGAGUAGAUGUUCUCUUUUUAAUUUAAUUUAAUGUAAUUUAUUUUUUAUCAAAUUUCCAUUCUGGGAACAAGGAGAAAAAUCAGAUUUAUAAAUGUAAUUCGAUGAAAUGUUGAACUUUUUUGAGAAUUGACAGUAAUUCAAAUAUUCACUGAACUGGUGAGGGGGAAAGUGGACAUUUGUGUGUGUGUGGGUGGGUGAGAGCGUGUUUGUGCGUGUGCGUGUGCGCGUGCGUGUGCCUGCCUGUCAGCCUGUUUGAGCUGUAUGUGUCCUCAGACCGUUUCCAUUUCCUUGGUCUUAUUGUCACAGUUGAGGGUUGCAGUUGGAAGACACAUGUAUUGUACAAUUUUUCUGGGUUUUUUUGGUCACUUUUUUUUCCAGUGCUUGUUAAUGCUGGGAUUAAAAUGAGAUAUUAAAAGAG